ACUAGACUUAAAAUCAUGUAAUUUCCAUUAAUAAAGUGGAAUUUACUCCAGAGUUUGUGGCAUUUCUCUGCUAAUUUGUUGAAUGUAGUAUUUAAUUAAAUGGUCGUCGAGGCUUAACUGCUUCGAGGACUGGGUCUAGUGCAGGUUUAUGCAAUUAGUUGAUUUUACGACCACAUGAUCUUGAGGGCGUACGGUUUUCCUUUGUAAAACUACAAAUCUCUAGGAUUCCAGGAACUCAGUCUGAUCUUUUUAUUCUACGCCGUAAAUUGUUCUGUGAGGUUAUGUAAUUACGGCCGUUGUCUUUUAAACUAAUUUCAUUUUAUUUUGCAGAGAAGAAGACUCCGCGAGGAGAUCUGAGUCAAAAUGUCUGAGCGCUACGACUGCACAGAGUGCAAGGACUCUUUGUACGGACAGAAGUACAUCCUGAGGGAGGAAUAUCCGUACUGCAUCAAGUGCUAUGAGGCCCUUUUCUCCAGCAUGUGUGAAAAGUGCAAGAAGCUCAUUAGCUGCACCAGCAAGGAUCUGUCCUUCAAGGACUGUCACUGGCACAGCGAAUGCUUCCUCNGCNACAACUGCAGCCGCUCUCUGGUCGACAAACCGUUUGCCACCAAAAACGACCUCCUGAUGUGCACCGACUGCUACUGCCUGGAGUAUUCCUCCAAGUGCCAUGCCUGCCUGAAGACCAUCAUGCCAGGCACCAAGAAGAUGGAGCAUAAGGGGAACAGUUGGCAUGAGAAGUGUUUCAUCUGCAAAUUCUGCCAGCAGACUAUUGGCACCAAGAGCUUCGUCAAGAAGGACGGGAACAACUACUGUCUGGCCUGCUAUGAGAAACUGUUUGCCCUGCAGUGUGUCCACUGCAUGAAGCCCAUUACGACUGGAGGAGUGAGCUACCAUGACCAGCCGUGGCAUAAGGAGUGCUUCGUUUGUGCUGGAUGCAAAAUGCAGCUGGCUGGGCAGAGAUUCACCUCUCGAGACGACGCCACCUACUGCCUCGAGUGUUUCUGCAACCUGUUUGCAAAGAAAUGCGCCCACUGCACCAACCCAAUCAGUGGUCUCGGGGGCAGCAAGUAUAUCUCAUUUGAGGAUCGGCAGUGGCACAACGACUGCUUCAACUGCAAAAAAUGCAGCGCGUCGAUGGUUGGUCGAGGCUUCCUGACGUUCAGAAACGACAUCUUCUGUCCUGACUGUGGUAAAGACCUCUGAGGGGUCACCAGCACCAAGGAGGCGAACCAGUCUGACGGCCAAUCGGGACAACUCUGCAACAUAUUCAAACUUUCCUGAAUAUUAACCAGCGUGAUGUCUUUCUUUGGUUUUAACUGAGAAACUGGAACCAGUUUUAAGUAAAAGUUUGUCUUAAAGAUCAAAUGAAAAACUACAAAAAUAUCAGUUUGAAGUGGAAA